AUGCAUGCACAGAUUCAGGCGUUGACAAAUCAGCUCGCCGAGAUUCAGGCUGCCCCAGCAGCGGAACCUAUGGUUGAGCAAAAGUUCAACAAGAAAGUCGAGAUUGUCGCUGACCCCGGUGCUUUCAAAGGAGACAGAGCUCAACUUGCCGAAUGGUGGAUCAAGCUACAAAUUUGGAUCAAGGCAAAUUGGGACGCAUUUGCCAACAAUUUUGAGAUAGCAACCGCUGAGUGCUACACGGCAGGUGUGUGGCCUAUCUGGGACAAUCUCAAGGUUGAGAUCAAAAAAUAUUUUAAACUGCAGGCUGAGCGUGACUGGGUGCGUCAGCAGAUCCGUUCCUUCAAACAAGGAAACAUGAGGAUGGAUAAUUACAUCACCCAGUUCCUGGCCCUCUCCAUCCAAGGAGGGCUUGGUAAUGAACAUGCAGUAGAGCUGCUGGAACGCAAUGUGAACCCCCGCAUUGCCGCUCAACAAAAAAAUAACCAAGGGCGCCAGGCGCACCAAUCAGAAACAGACAAACCGGACGAUCGGCUCAACACUCUGGCCGGUCAAUCAUAUGACAAAAUCCGAGCCUUCUUCUACGAUCAGCAGGCUGCUGAGAUGAAGGCUCAGGGAAAAGAGUUUGGAGCUUAG